AUUGGGACGAACACACACGACGACAGACACCAACAGCGACGAUGCCAAAGAAGGGUGGCAAGAAGCAGCAGCAGCAGGCUGCGCAGAGCAGACCGCCAGCAGAGGCUGACCUGGAAGAGAUUGACGAUGACGACCACACAACACAGCAAGAGCAACAAGAGGAAGAGGAGGCUCCCAAGCACGACAAGAGCAAGCAGGAUCUCGCCCGCGUCAAUGCCGGCGACGACCAAGACAUGGGCUCUGAAUCUGCAUCACAGGCUGCCGCAACACAGCUCAAACGCAACAAGCAGCGCGCAGAAGAAGCCGCCCGCAGGCAGAAAGAGCUUGCGAGUGUCAAGGUGAAGGAGGAAGACAUUGACUUGAUUGCGGAGCAGAUGGAAACCACAAAGAAGCAGGCAGAACAGGUCUUGCGUGAGAACAAGGGCAGCCUCAAGGACGCACUCAAGGCCCUCCUCGUUCGGUGAUGUGAUUGGCGUGCUUAGUGUCGUGUGCUGCUUCAGUGUUGUCGAUUGGUGUGCGUGUUCUGUUGUGCUUGAGGUUGUGCAUGCGCGAUGGUGUAAUGAGUUCUCUACAAGUACAAAGAACGAGCAAACGAC